CCAUUCUUCUAUAUUUUUACGAGGAAAAUUCUGUUGAAAUUUUGAUCAUGGCACCGAAAGCAAGUGGAAAGGCUGUUAAGAAAGCUGGUAAAGCCCAGAAAAACAUUGCGAAGACCGACAAGAAAAAGAAGCGCAAGAGGAAGGAAAGUUACGCAAUCUACAUCUACAAGGUUCUGAAGCAGGUUCAUCCUGAUACUGGAGUCUCCAGCAAGGCAAUGAGCAUCAUGAACAGCUUUGUCAAUGACCUCUUUGAACGUAUUGCUGCUGAAUCUUCCCGCUUAGCUCAUUAUAACAAGAGAUCCACAAUCACAUCUCGGGAGAUCCAAACUGCUGUCAGGCUUCUCCUUCCCGGUGAGCUCGCCAAACACGCCGUCUCUGAAGGAACCAAGGCUGUGACCAAAUACACGAGCUCCAAGUGAAUUUUAUAAAUUGCAAAAUUUAACAAAUACAAUCGGCCCUUUUGAGGGCCA